AUGGCUUCACUCUCGUCUCCCCCGCCGCACCUCUCUCACUGCACGCCCUACUGCACCUCCGAUCCCGUCCUCGGCCACGUCCUUGUCUUUUACAACCCCUUCUCAUUAACCUCCUCUGCUGCGACCUCCAGGAUUGAAGCUCACAUCCUCACUUGCGCUGGUCUCCAGUCAUACCCGAAACUAAUCCUCUCUCCGUCCUCCCCCCUCUAUGCGGCUGUCAACCACCUCCCACUACCAAAACAAUCAGUCGAAGUAUACCGUGGCCUCGCAAUCGCAGUCCUUAAAUACUUUUCAGAGCUUCCCAAAGCGAUUAAAGAGAAGAUACUUCGCUCAAAAUCAAAUCUACCACAAAAUGGCGAGGGCCAGGCUGUCGCGUUUGACGAGAUGCACGCCGGAGAUCUCGCAGCGCGGCUCAAAGAGGUGGAGAUGGAUGGAUUAGUGGGGGAUAUUAUGCCGGCCCUGAGCGAGCGCUUUGUCAGCUGGCUGGAUGUAGAUCUAGUCAUCAGAUCUCCGAAUGGGGAGGAAGUAACGGAAGAGGCUAUGAGCGAUGGGGUUGAGGAGCUUCUCAGUCAUUUCGGAGACCCGACACAUUUACCCUUUACUAAACUAAAGCGCGCCGCAAGCAGGCCUGCAUCCGCAAGGCCUCAAUUGAAGAUCAAUGCUGCAGCUUUAGAACGUGAAUUGGAGGAGCUACGAUAUACAGAAGCCAACUACGUCGCAAAGCUACGGGACCUGAUCGAGAAUCUCGUGAUACCUUUGCGCGCACGUUUUACACAGAAGAAAGCUGAAUCUGGAUUUCCAAGUGCAAGGGAUUUAGACACAUUAUUUCCCCCAUGCCUCGACAAAAUCCUAGAGGUUAAUACAAGAUUUUUGGCCGAGAUAGAGUUGGGGGGAAUUGAAGAAGUAGCGAAAGUUUGCUUAAAACACUUUCCCGAAUUUAAGGACUGCUAUGCGGAAUAUCUACGAGCAUCUCCCGAGUUCGCACAAUUGCUUGGGAAGUUUUCAAAAGACAAGCAUUCAUCAUUCUCGAAAAGGGUUCAGCAAACUGGCGAACAGAAGCUUCGAUCACUCAUUAUUGAGCCCGUUCAAAGACUGCCUCGAUACGCGCUCCUCAUAGACAACAUGCUUAACUCCAUCCCGCUUGACCAUCCAUCUUUGAUCAUACUAAUGGAAGCUCGGGAAAUAAUUACUGAGAUUUGCUCGCUGCAAUCAUCUGAUAUCGAUGAGCGUUCUCAAACAACAAAGCGUCUGCAAUCAAUAAUAGUUUCUUGGCCUUCCACACUGAAGCCUUCCGGACGCCUUAUAACUGGGAUUGAUUUCCUUGACGUCCUGCCGCCUUUUAAUGACCAGAAUGCAGACGCAAUCCCUUCCACCAUGCUGCUUUUCGCAGACCGCCUGGUUAUUUUACGUCGGCCAAAACCAAAUUCUAUGCAGGCUCGUGCGAUUAUGGCAGAAGUUGAUAGGCCUGGUGGAGCUAUGGCUGCGAUCGGAAGUGGGACCAAACGAGAAGGGUCAGGCUGUGAUCUUCAAUUCGCAGGCUGGAUGGACCUUUCUGAUGUCAGGAUUGCAGAAAGUGACGGCGGAGAUAUUGUUUGGAUGACCUUGGCAAAGGAUUUGAAUGACAGUUGGGAUGUGCGUGCAGGAGGCAUGGGGCUACGACGAAUGAGGCUUCUAAAUGCAUACGAAGGGCGUGCUACUAAAUUUGCCGAAGAUCUCGUGAAGGCCAAACUGGAGCGUAGAGUCUCUACUAACGGGAAAGGCGUGAUAGGCCUUCGAGAGAUCAAAUCCGAAGGUCUAGGAUUUUGGUCCUGCGUUUGGGGCAGUGAAACCCGAUACACUGCUGAGAAGAGGAAAGGGGGGGUAGUCGUCUAUAUUGAUGACGGUGGGGGAGGUGGAGGAAGUGGGAAGUGGGGAAAGGAGCUCACUGAAAGGAUAGGGAAACAGGGGGUUGAUAUUGCAGUAUCCGUGGAGGCAAUCGCGGGGAAUAAAGUGCGAGUUGAGUUCAGGAGUUGGAACGAUUAUUCUUCAACUGACACAGUACCUCCGGAGGAGUUAUUGGCGGUUUUUACAAAGAGGGUGUCAUCGCUACUCAGACUUCACUCACUCCCGCAACAUCCCCCGUUGACAUCGGCGCUGAUGUCCGCAAACCGGAAGCUGUUGAGAGCUUCGGGUGUUCCAUUUGAUGGUGAGAGCAGGUUCAGCAGGCUUAGGCCGCCGAGCCCGGUGAAGCUAUUCAGUUCAUUCUUGGGAAGCAACAACAAUAACAACAAUAAUACUGCUAACGGUGUCCCGGGUUCCCCUAAUAAGCGACCUGUUCUUCUGGACCGGACCCAAUCUCAAAUGCUUCCCCCGAAAGUGGAACGCACGCCGAGUACCCUUCAGAAACGGCAAACCGUCAUGGGAGUUGAAAACUGGAGUCUUGAAGACAUCAACGACUAUGAGGAAAAAACGGAUGUGAGCAUCACAAUGGCGAACGAAAGUCCAUUGAAGCGGUUGGAGGAGACAUUCGAGGCCUUCAUUGUUGCACUUCGGAUGUUCUCCUCUGCUGAUGCCGACCUUGACCCACUCCGUGAAAUGCACGGAGUUGACAAUAUCGCAGUAGAGGAAUUUCUCGAGGACAUGGUUCACAAUCCCAAGAGUGUGAAAGUAGAGAUAGAUCUUGGUGUCGACGUCGUAUUUGAAGCAUUCCGUCGCUUUCUCCGCGGAGAGUGGAAAGAUGGAAUGGGGCCUGUCAUUGCAGAAAAGGCCCUGGCUGAGCUACAGAGUAAAAGCGAAGAGCUAUAUCCUGGGGACUUCGAAGACUUUUUCAAGAUAUUUGUGCUAGACUGGACCCCGCAGAACAAAAGAGCUUUUCGGACCAUAGUCAUAUUACUUAGAGCUAUGCAGGGUCGAGUUCAAGAUGCUGAUGAUAAAGGACUGCUUACAAAGGCAUUUACUGAGUUAUUGGUCUUUGAGGACUCGGAUCCAUUCGAUUUCAUGCCGCUCGUGGAUAGAUUGGUCGAGGAAGCAGAUAGCCUUUUUAACGAUACGAUGAAUAGCAAUCAUGGUGAAACGGUUAACGGAAAUGGAGCGUUCGUCAAACGACACAAAUCGGUCACCAGUGUUGCUUAUUCAACCACAUCGCUGCGGAAGAGACUUGGGCUGAGCCAUAACUCAAUGAGAGAUCCGUACAGUGCUGAUGGUAAGAGCAGUGUAUGGAGGACGCUCAGUAAGAGUAGCAGGCUAGGACAGGAUACACAUAAGGGUCACCUAGCAAGGAGUAAAUCGACAGAUUAUGAUGCUAGACCUUAUGUCCAACCAGCGGGCAGGCCAUCUUCACGAGACAGUCCAAAUCUCUUGAACGCUUUCAGCAAUCCUAUGUCGUCGGCGCUGCCGCCUCUACGACCUCUUUCAUCAGUCAUUCCUCCCCCACACCCGUCUCCGGAAAAGCCACUCCCCGUAGAACCUCCCAAUCUGGGGGUACCUAGCACUCCCAGCGGUGCUCCUCGAAGGAAGCGUAGAAGCUCCUUGAGUGACCUCACCAAUCACCCUGACUAUCAGCCCAUUCUACCACCAAUGAGCUCAACUCCCGAUCACCCAGAUCCUCUCCACUUGCCUGACCCCGAACCUCUUCGAUUCCCUGACCCUGAGCCCCUUCGAUUCCCUGAUCCCGAACCUCUCCGCUUCAGUCGAAACACACCUGAUCAUCCAGACCCUCUGCGUUUUCACAGAUACAACACACCAGACCAUCCAGAUCCUCUUCGUCUCAACAGACACACAGGUACCCCAGAUCAUCCUGAUCCCCUCCGAGUCAGCAGGCAAACUCCAGACCACCCAGAUCCCCUACGCAUCAACCGUCAUACGCCCGAUCAUCCAGACCCUCUUCGCCCUAAUAGGCAUACCCCAGACCAUCCGGAUCCCCUCCGUGUCAAUAGGCAUACGCCGGAUCAUCCGGAUCCUCUCCGCAUCAACAGGCAUACACCUGACCACCCAGACCCCCUUCGCCUCACCCCUAGAACACCAGAUCACCCCGAUCCUCUUCGCCUGACCCGCAGCAAUGGGCUCCGCAACCGUAGUCGUACUACGGUGAGCCCGCCGCAGAGGGCAAACACACCACCACAUACACCUUCAACCCCAGGCCGCUCUAACUCCCGCCUCAGUGACCGGAGCAACGAGAUUUCAGCUCGUCGUGGAACCACCGGGAAUACUGGGGCCACCUCAAGCCCUGGCCCCCAGCGUCUCAAAAUGCAGAGCACACAAAAGCUUCGCGAACGGCUAUUGUCAGAAAAGCAGGCCAUCACUCGGGUUGAGAGCGGGCUACAGCGCGAAAUCGACAAAAUCGGCGAGGAGCUGAGCAUGGCUUCUCGUCUUUCCGGUCGUGGUACUGCUCACUCAGCUGCUAUCAAAGAGCUCACAUCGCGAAUCUCUCAGCUCGAGUCUCGAAUUCCAGAGAUAAAUGACUUGACCAAUAAGAUAGAGACUGUGACGAAUAAGUUAGAGAUCGAGAGAAAUAAAUUCGAGAUCACUCUUGACAAGAAGAACAAGGAAUUAGAGGGACUUGUGGAGGUGUGGAAUGAUUGCUUAAAUGAGAACGAUGUCAUGUUUGAGACUUUCAAUAAGGAGUUGGUGAAAAUGAGCGCAGCACUGAAACAAGGGCGAGGGGAGGCCGAGAUCUUGAAGCUUCUACAGGAAGUGCGGGUGGAGCAGGGGAAGUUGAAGAGAGAGAAUAUGAGAUUGAGGAAAGAAAAUAGUGGACUCAAGGCACUAGUGGAGGUAACGGAAGUGAAAGAGAGGUCUUUAGGGAGUCCGAUGCACGGCAAGUGA